GAUUUCUGCGCCGGGUAAUUUUAGUUAGCACUCAGCAGGAAAAACUGAGACGUUCACAUGACAGUGGACUUCUGGAAUGUGGAGUGAUUAGGAAGCUAUGACAAGAUAAGGAAGAUAUCGUAGAGUACUACUGAUGGUGAUAUUAGGUUUAUACAAGUUGCCGUUUACGAAGUAGACCGAUUCUGUUUAAAAGUGAUGCGCAGUAAAUUUUGUAAGAUUUGCGAUGAAUUUGUUUAAAUUUUUAAUGUGAAAUCUAAUGGGAAUAAUAUCGUCAGCUUUCGUCACAGUUAACAAAAUUUACGUCAAUAAGUGGCGCUAAUUGAGGUUCUCGUUCAAAGCUCUAGCUGUAAUAUUAAAUAAAAAUGCCUCUCAAUACUGGAGAAAUAAUGAAUGCUCUUGCUAUCGUGUCAGAACACGAACACAUGAAUGUUGCAGUCAAGGAAUCGGCUAAAGGAGGAAUAAUUACGGGUGUGUCCACCGUUUGUGGAGGCCUCCUGCUUGGACCUCUUGGCUUGGCACUUGGUGGCACAUUUGGUGGAAUCACAGCAUAUUGUAUGAGUAAGAACAAGUUCAAGCCUGUCCCAAAAAUAUUGAUGGAAGAUCUUACGGUUCGUCAGAAGGAAGAAUUGGUUAGAUCUAUUCAGGCUGUUAUUAAUGACAUUAGAGCAGAAGAUGCAGCUAUGCUUGCGUCAUUGAUUCUCGCUGAUAGAACUCUGUCCAUAACUGUACUGCAGUUGGUAACAAAUUUUCUGAGAACUCAGAUAGGUGCAGAAGUAACUGGUCCUAGCUAUCUUCAGUAGUAUUGUUUUAUUUUUAAAAUCAAAUGGUAAUGUUUUCAUUUUUCUGUGUAUUACUUAAAACAGUUACUAAAUUAUGUUUUUAUCUAUCUGUAUCACACAUGGGCAUUUAUAUUUUGAGAAUAAAAUGUCUACUUUCCUUCAGAAAAAUAAUGGACUCAGCAUUUUUACAAAAGGCACAACACAGGAAUUCGGUUGUGUUCAUCUAUCUUUUAAAUAAUAUAGAAAUUCUAUGUUGUAUGGCUUUACCAUGUAUAAAAGUGUAUUUUUUCAUAGAAUUUUAUUCUUAUGUGAUGAGUGUUAAACAGAUCAGUAUGUGAUAUGGACUGUGAUAAGUUUGACAAAUGUUACUGUAAAAUUUGGAUUUUCAGCAUUAGCUAGGAAAACGAGCUAGAGUGUGAUAGUUAGUUUUUAUACUUGAUGUAAUAUGUAAUCUAGUGCUUUAAUAUGAGAGUAAUAUUGUCAGUGCCAUGGAAAUAAAUGAAUCAAAUUCAGGGAUUAA